CACCACCGCUCAUCUCCUCGUUGUCGUUGGCACAGCGCAGAGGAGGGCGUGGAGGCACCAUGAACCACAAGCGGUCACACUACGGUGACGGCGGCGGCUCGCCAAAGCGACAUAAGUCCGGUUCUGGCCACCACCGCAACCACGACCGACACGACCGACACAACCGCCCACGAGAGGCACGAUCGCACCAGAGCGGCAGAACUGAGAAAGCGCAGCACCACGAUUUCCUGCCCAAUGCCUCGAUAUCCCACGCCAAAGCAGUGCAGAAGCUGCCUCCGUCUUCCUCGUCUCCACACUAUAUGCGCGCUCCCGCCGAAGUGAGCUUGAGUGUAGGGACGGACCUGCCGCAGCUGCCUCCCGUCAAGGACGAGUACCGUCAAGCAUCCUUCCGCCACAAGUCGCACUACAACGUAAGCCGCGAAGUGGCCGCUGGGGACGUCACCUACGAGCGCCUCGAAUUCCUGGGAGACGCCUACCUUGAGCUCUUCGCCUCACGACUCAUUUACGGCCGCUAUCCACAACUUCCCGCCGGGCGUAUGUCGCAGCUUCGCGAGUUGCUGGUCAAGAAUGAGACGCUCGCCGAGUACUCGCGAGCCUACCGCUUUCAUGAGCUGGUCGAAGUCGGUGGAGAGGUCGAGAACAUGAUGCGCGAUAGCCAGGGACGCGGUAACAAGGGAUUCAACAAGAUCUUGGGAGAUGUCUUCGAAGCCUACGUGGCUGCUAUUGUGCUGAGCGAUUUCAACGCCAGAGGCUACGAUACUGCGGAACAAUGGUGUGUGACACUGUGGGCGCCAAGGUUACUCAAGGCGAUCGAGCAGGACCCGUUGGCUCACCACAGAGAGUCGCAAGGCGCGGCGGAUCUCACCUCUACGUAUGAUGUGAAUGCGAAGGCCACGCUCCAGAAACGUCUUUGCGGCGCCAACCUCGUCCGUCUUCACUAUGACACUGACAAACCAACCGUGGAGCUCAAGGGUGACAAGCUUGGGCAAAAUGUUCACUUCAUCGCGCUGUAUGUGGAGUCAGCGUUCUUCGCAAUUGAGAAAAGAUUACUCGCCAAAGCUGAGGGCAAGAACAAGGUUGAGGCAGGCAAUUGGGCCGCUGUCAAAGCCAUGUACGAUCCGACCACGAUGCAGUUUGUCAAAGAGCUGGAGCAAAAGGUACUCGCAGAGCGGGAGCGUCGAAAUGAAGCCAAGAAAAAGGCUACUUCCGACGUGAAAGCCGAUGGAGAAUAAGGAGGAGAGAUGGUGCUGAGAUGAGCGCAUUGGUAUUGCUGCGACGGCUCCGGAGGGGACGGAUGUCGGAAGACAGAGUCUAAUGAUGUCGACCUCAGUGAGAUGGGCAGCUCAGAAGGCAGCAGUCAGUAGCUGGUCCGACUUGAUCUUCAGUCGGCAGCUUGCGUGUCCAGCGAGGACUGACAGUGCUACAGCUGACCGUCGGAUGACUCUGGCCUCUUCUCAAGUACGAAUGGACAGAUAAGUGUCGCUAUCGCCAACGAGCUCGAAAUGUCCGCUGUCUAUUCACGAAGAGAGAGCGUUCCAGCGCUGAGCUUGGCAAUGCCCCGAUAUGGAGGCAUGUGACAGAGACAUCCCCAGUUUCGUCAACCAGUCUUCAUUGCUGAGACUGCUCUUCGUGGUCCCCCAGGCCAGAGUGCAAUCGACACGACGAAGUCAAAUCAAGUUCCGGGAGCCCUUCCCCGCCAAUGUUCACGAGCAAGCGAUCAGGAGUAACUAGUCCACAUCCCUGGUGGUGGCUUCCACUAUCGAGAGGCGACGAUAGCCACAGAUUCUAGAUCUCCUGCUAUCGGUGCGCGUGGUCGUAUUGAGACAAUGGAUGCAGCUUCAUGGGCACGUGCAAUGGUCUCGGCCAGAGCAGAUACAGUCUAACUGCAUUUGCAUAUUGGACAGCCCGAACUUUCAAAUCACGUGCACUUCCAAGUGAGCCAUAUCGAGUUAGACGAUCAGCCACCGGCUUGCAGCUUCAUCCAUAAACAGGUAGCACGCGAUGUAGCUGCAUAUCCACGUGGCUGCACGAGGGUAGCAUGCAAGCCAUCGCUUACACCGAGAGCCAUGGCUGAGCUGAGCGCUUCUAGAUGUUCUCGGAGGACGCGAGUUCAGAGCACCGUAUAGGUUUGGGAUCAUAUAAAACCAAGUCCCUUGGACGAGCGCAGUGUCCAAUUUGGAUACAACUUCUCCAA